GUUUCGGAGAUGUAUAAAUAUUACUAUCAGCUCAUGUGGGUUCAAGCGCUAUUUUCAAGCUGGAGAUUAGGAUUAUCUCUAAUCCAUGUACCCUCGUGCUAAGCAGUUGUUAAAAACUUAACUUUUAAGUUUAUUGAGAGAAACGACAUUGCUGAAAAUACUAUUAGCCCCAAUAAUUGUCUGGUGCAGGGAGUGACAAUCAUUAUCUUGGAGAGUGUGGACAUUCCUUCAAGAAUGUCAUCAACGGGAGAUAUGAUGAGUGUAGACGUCAGUCUGCCAAUGCGAAGACAUGGGAUGAAUCUAAGAAGGAAGCACCAACCUUUGGCUGUGUCCUCCCCAGAUGAUGAGGAGAACGUGACACGAAAGAUGGGGUUUGAGGAUGCCAACGAUAGCUUUCAAACAGCAAACACUGACUCUGAUGAUCAAGGGCACGCAAGGCAUUGCAAACGGUUUAAAUCCUACAAAGAUGAUCCAGCUCGCUUCAGACGAUCGCAGAGCGAUGGGAUAUUAUCCGAUUUAACUGACGGGAAAGAUGGCGACGAGGAUACUGACUCUAGUUCGUCUUGGAGUGCUGCAGAAGGGGUCUCCCGAAAGAUGGGUCUAGACAUUUCAAUUCAACUGUGUAAAGCCAUGGCAAUGGGAGCAGACAAUCACCAUGUGUUCUUGAGGCAAGACAUCGCUGAAGGGCAGAGAAUGAAAAGCGAGGUGAUGACCAAAGAAACUGGAAACCAAGGAGCGCAGUCUGUCACGUCCUCAAUCUUAAAGAUUGAGAAUGAUAAAGGGGGUAUCAGCUACAAAUGCAAAAUAUGCGGGGUGUUUUUCCUGGACUAUUUCGAUAUCUAUAUCCAUAUUCGCAUGCACGGUGGCGAGCGAAGUAUGAGGGCACUUGUCAAUCAACAGAAAACUUUGAUAGAGAGCAUCCCUGAUAACGAAGUACGUCUCAAGGGAAGGCCGUUCGAAUGCUUGAUAUGCUUCCGGAAGUUCAAGCUGCCGAAAUCCCUUCUGGCACACGUGACGAGCAUUCAUCCUUCAAGUGAAGACACAAUGAUUGCAAGGGUGCCUACAAAUUUGCUUCCAGCAGGCUGGGUGGAUACCACGCCGGAGGAAGAUGAGGUGCAGGAAUCAAGACCAAUUAAAUCGAGGAGUAAUAACCCCGACUCUUCCCUUCAUUUUACCAAUCAGUCUUUGAAAUCGAUGAAGGUGUUGGUAGAGACUGACUCGGUACUGUUUCCUGCUGCAGGGGGCGCUAAGAUUCUUAAACCUUCACAUUCUCUGGCAGGUGCCCUAGCGUCCCCUCCUCCUACUUCGACACAAUCUUUGCAACAGCCAUCACCAUCAACAACAUCACAAUCAACUGCAACAAGUCAGCAGCCAAUUGCCGAAGACAACAGGGCUCUUACACCUUCUCGACCCAGUGCGGUUCCAUCAAGUGACCCUAUAUACAAGCCAGACACAAAUUCCUACAUUGAUUGCAAACAAACUGAUAACUCGAAAGACCUUCCACUCGAUCUGUCUAUGACUCAAGGACAGCGAAGUAUAAGAUCAUCAACAACUGCACCAGUAACCAUGUUAGCGGAGGAUGGGUUCUUGAAAAGCCCUAUUCAUACAAAGUUUCCUGAACCUAUUGUUUACACCUCUCCUAUGCCAAGACUCACGACAAAUUCUACUCCAUCUCCAGAUAAAUUUAUGUUGCCUAACCAGGGCGCGAUCAUGACGAUCAAGAAUCAAACUUACUCCAAACUACCGCACAAGCGAUUCCCAUUGCAAUUACCGAACCAAGAUGGAAAACAUCUUACCGAGUACUACGCCAACUGUUCUCGGCAUUCCUUCAACAUACAAGAUCCACAAGUAUCAAGUUACUCCGUGGAUGACCACGAAGAUGACGUAGGUUUACCUCCAAAUCCGUACUUGCGACCUGAACUCGAGCGACAGUUCCAAAUAGAACUCGAAAUUGCCGAACUUCAGCUUAGGCGCAAAUACAACAACCUGGGUCUCCCCAUAAAACAGAUCGAUGGAAGGCGGAAAAAUUCUAGAAGAGACUUCAACCUGGCAGUCAUAAACGAGUUAAGAAUUCGCGAGAUGUAUUCUUCACACUUUGACGACGACGUCGACGACGACGAAUUCAAAAAGUACGGGGAGAUGUAUGAUCCCUGUAAUACCAAAUACAAUCGCAAUUCCUCACCAGUUUUUCAGCCACCCAUGAAUGUUGGUUGGAAUGCAUUCUCCGAACAGAAUCACACACGCCAACCGCGUAGUCAACCAGAGAGGCACGUAAAGCACCAUCAAGCCCCGGAAGUCUACCCGUACAAGCAUCUUCAACCAAGGCCUAAUGGAACAUACUGGCGCUCGAAAGAAGCCAAACCUCAAUGUCACACUCAAAGAUCACCAAGGGAACCAAUUAUCCCACAACUCCUCUCUAUGCCAUCAAUAUUUCUGCCAACCUCCACCACUGACGCUCAUAAGGUAUGAAUUCUAGGGUUAAUGAUAAGAUUAACUUGAUAUAUUCAAAGGAAGUAAAAUCCCGAAACUUCAAUUUUUAUCAUCAGAAUUAUAAAUGAAACCACAAUCUUUACUAUUUUCAAAGAUCAUGAUACCUGACAUUCUAUGCUUUAAUCAGUCAAGAUACAAUACGAUUUUUAUUUAUGCAAUAAAUACAUCUGAAAAUACAGUUGGAAAAGGAUAUGAAAAUAAUUCAAGAUAAGGUCAAAAAGAUUGAACAACUUUGAAUUGCCAACACUUUGAUUAUACCAAUAUGCUUAUACUUUAAGCUCUAUUUUUGUAGAUUAUGAUUUUAGAAUGAAACCCUGAAUUUCAUUUUUAUUAAAAAGAACAUAAGUUUUUCAUCAUUUUCACCAUUUUUUUGUAAAUGAGAUAGAGAACAGCAUUUGUUUUUGUAAUACUACUAGUGGUAUUCGUGAAAUCAAAAUUUGUAGUAAAGAGCUUUCAUCAUGUCGAUUCUAUACUCUAGGUAGUGGUGAUUAAAUUUGCAUGAGAUUCUGAACAGUAAAAUCAUGAAAAUCACCUACAAUAAACAUAAAUAAUUAAUUACGACUAAAUUUUAAGAAAAGUUGUUUUGCGUAAUGGGGAUAUUGCCAAUUUCGGAUUUCAAAGCCAAUCCGUUACUUAGGAUUUCAAAUAUUUACCCGAUGAUAGUUACACAUUUUCAUUUACGGUCCAGUUUUGAUAAGCUGAAAAAAAAUAUCCCAGAAAUUUGAACGCUUCUGAUUACUGCUGAUUAGAGUAUAGAAAAUUUUGGUUUCAUUUUUCUUAAAGGUCGUAAAGAGUAUAAGGGUUCAUUUUCGUGCCGAGUUUGAUUUGUAAGCAAUAAAAAAUGUUGAAAUUUACGAACAUUUUAGUAAUAAAAAAUCAUGUCUUUUUUAAUACUAUAUAACGCAUCCAAUUAAAAACUUUGAUGAGCUUGUAGUGUAAAUAAAACACUUAAAGAACAUUAGCUAUAUAAUUUAGUUAAAAGAACAAGCAGAGGAAUGAUUUACUUUUCGUGUUCGAAAUGCAUUAAUAAUCAUAUUAUAAUGAUUUAUAUCACCAAUAAAGUAGCAAUUUUGAGAAAAUUGAAAAUUCUUUUAUAAGUAUAAUAUUUUUGUUUCGAUAGGAAGCUCAUAGUUUUUGCAAAUUGAAAAAAAAAUCAUGUAAUCGUUAAAGAAUUAUAUCAAACAUAAUUGAACUUUUGAUGAAAAAUAAAGCGAAUCAAAUAUAUGGCAAUAGCGUUCAUGAUAUUUCGUUUGAGCUUCUUUUUUAUGGGGGAUUUUUUUGUUUUGGGCGUUUGAUUUUUGCACUUUAUUACACAAUACGAUGUACAUUAUGUUUAAAGCGUACAUGAAUAUAUCUGUUUGUAAAGUAUAUUUUUUGUGUAUAGGUCUUAAUAUUACUUUACAUCUCUUACUAUUAUAUGUAGGUUCACUAUUAUUGUUAUCAUUCCGUUAUUACAACUCUUACCACUGUACUAUAUACUAUUAGUGUAUUUACAUGCUACCGAAACUAUUAAUUUUACUACAUUUUCAUUAUCAUCAUCAUUUAUUUAUUUAUUCAUUAAUGGAGAGGCACAACGGUGUCAUGCAUAUUGGAUGAUAAAGUUAAAUAUAUCAAAGGUUGAUUCUUUUUUAUAAAUAUAUUUCUGACGAAAUCUUUGCAAUAAUGAAGGAUGAACAACUCGAUUGUAAUUUCUUUAUAAGAAGGUAGUGUAUCAAGUACUAAUGUCAUCAUUUUUUUUUUUCAUUUCAAGUAAGCUUUCAUUUCUUAGUCAACAUUUAGUGUUUUUCAUGUAUUUUUUUUUAUUUUGAAUUCUGAAGAAUCUAUUCAGAAGAAGCUCAUCCAUUGAUAGAAAUCAGUUACCGAAUACUAUCUACAAUUAGUAUAACAAACCCUUUUUUACUUUGUUCAUGUGAUUUUAUUGUAUAAAAUAAUAACUAUAUAUAACAUACCCUGAAAAGCUGAAAUAUUCUGUUGCUGCAGUGAUACGAUGAUAUCACCACACUGUAAAAAAAAUAUUGGGUAAAAUUUUAACCAGCACGAGGGUAAUUGUGUCCAACCGAUUUGGGGUAUAGUAUUUUACCCAGUGCGGGAAGCAUAUUGUCCAAUAAGGUUAAAGUACAAGCAGCAAUUACUUUAGAAUGGGCAAAAUUUUCAUCACACUGGAUAAAUGAAAAUGCCGAAAAGAAAUGCCUAACGUUGGUUGGACACAUAAUUACCCUCAUGGAGCAUUUUACCCAAUAUUUUUUGGAGUGCAUAAUGAUCUGAAAUAGCGUUACGUAUAUACAAGUACAGUCAGUUUACUGUCAUUUUGUUGAAAUAUUGAUUCCUUCUAAGUUGUGUUUUUGUGAGUUUGUUGUGAACGAAGUAUAAUAUAAACAUAUCUUUUGCCAAUUGUCACACUUAAGAUGAUGAUUAUUAUAUCAUAUUUAUUAGUUCAUUUUUUAGAUUAGAUUUUAUGAUAUUCAUGUGAUUUGUAUAUGAUUCAGAAUAUGGUAUACUAGUAUUUAUGUUUACAAAAUGUCGAAGCAGCAAAGAUUUUACCUCCAUAAUUUAUAGUAAUAAUUAAAACAGUCAUACUCAAAGAUUUACGGAUUUGAGAAUGGAUGAUCCAUUCAACAAAAAUUAACUUUGAUUUUUUUUUAAUGAAAGUAUAAUUCCACGUGGAAGCCACGCUCGGGCAACAAAAAAAUGUUUUCAGUAGGCAUAAUAAAGGCUAUAUACUCAGGCCAGGAUAUCGCCUUCUCAUACAGCGCCCCAAUAUUAUUUAUUUUGCUGUUUGAAUUGUUAUGUCCAGUUAUACCUCUAUCAGUUUUACUUGUUAUGAAAUACUUGUGAUAUAAUUUUUUAACAAGCUGUUUGAAAAAAAUAUGUUAAUAGGCCUACCUCAUUGAAGAGCUCGGGCUUAUUGUAACAAAAAAUCAUGAUGUGGGCAUUUCAUUUUCAUGCAUUCCUGAUAACAGAUCUGCUUUGCUGAACAGACGUAAAACAUACUUGCAGUAAACAUAUUUUUAUAAUACAGAAAGAGAACUUUCUUUCUUCAAGAGAUUUAUCUUGACAC